AUGAGCCGACCGGCACUACUUCGCUUACUUGCCCAUAAAUCUAAAGCCUCGCUCGGACUAUAUGACCUCCACAUUUCCUGCUAUGUCAAACCCAACGCCGCCGCAAACCGCGCGGGUGUGACAAAGGUGGGGACAGACCGGGUUGAUGUCUCCGUGGCGCUAGCUCCACGUGAGAAUGCUGCCAAUGCUGCUGUUUCGGAGAUCAUAGCUGAGGUGUUCCAAGUGCCAAAGUCCAAUGUUACGGUGACCCGUGGGGCAAAAGCAAGGGAGAAAACGUUAUCCAUUACAGAAUUGGAGAUUAAACACGGUUCGGAAGAAGCGUUCAUGAAGCAAGCGACCCAAAAUCUCAUCGAUUCCUUUGCGCACCUCAACACUCGACCUUCCAAGAGAUUUAUAACCAGCCAAAGCAUGGAGAUGGCUACAGAGACUUCUUCCUCGGCAUCGUUGAAGCGGAAAGCCGAGGGGACAAGCUCAAACACAAUCCACUUCACCUCGCGCAAUCCGCCCUGGACCUAUCUCAUGCUUCAACUUAUUCCCCAGCCAGAUUCCUCCUCUCCACAGCCCCUUGAUGCUCUCUCCGCACGCACCUAUCUCUCCUCCGCCCUGUCACAAUUCCUCGGAGUCGCGGGGACUGCGAUUCCAGUCGAUAUUCUAAAGGUUGAGAACAAGGCGACAACGAGCAAAACAGAUCAAACCACAUCACACUCUACCAUUGGAAACAAAUACGACUGCGCCUGGGUACGCGUACCGCGUGAAGACUCGGCAGCCGUCGUGGCAGCGCUCAGCUCAUGGAUUGGCGGUGGAAGCGGCAAUGGUGCUAAUGUCGCAUGGAGAGUUUGUGCAAAGGGAAAUUAUCUGGGCGCCCUGGUUUCGGGAUCCGGGGCAGACUUAUUCGUUCCGUGA